CUCUCGACCGCUGUGACUGAAUUCCUACAAAAGGAUUAAAUAGAGGUUGCAGGGGGAUCGGCUGGCUCAGCUCAGGUUUUGAAUCGGUAGCACGUUUCGGGACCAAGCCAGCUCUACCAGGACCGACUGGGAAAGGACAUCUCGGCACCGAGCUCGUCAUAUCUGGCGUUUCCUGAUCCACGUGACCAGCUCUACCAGGGCCGACUGAGAAAGGAGAUCUCGGCACCGAGCUCGUCAUAUCUGGCAUUUCCGGAUCCACGUGGCCAGCGGUAGGAGAGUGGACUGGGGUAGUGGUCGGACCGGUUAUGAACUGAGGCGAUGCAGAUGGCAUCAACGCUGGAGGGUCUCUGUAAUUGAGCUGAUUCUCCGGGUUCCUCUCGGGGUAUCCCUGGGCCACAGGGGCGCGCAACUCGUGAGAGAUCCAGGUUGGAGCAUAAACAACAUGCCAACCCAUCUGGUUCUGGUUCUGAUACUCAUCGAAUCCGUUCGGGUCUUGAAGACAAAUGUAGAGGACAUUGUGACGCGAGGCGUAAAAGUCCCAAAAGUUUCGGUGGAUCUUGUAGCCGUCGGCAGACAGAACCGCAAAAUACUCGCAGUCCUGAAAGGCACCAAUCAUGUGCAUGGUAUCCAUGAAGGCCUGGUAGUUGAUCACAGCUUGGCGAGGGACGCACCACAGGUCGUUGUUUCCGGCCCAAUGUUCAGGGAGAGGAGGACGCGGGUUGCCGGCGUAAACCACUAGACGCAUCUCGGGGCGCGUAUCCACGGCCAUGUCCGGAGAAUUAGGCAUCUCAUCGUAAAGUGAAACUGAUUCCAUUGCUGCCUGUGGUAAUUGUAUGUGUUUGUUUCUUUUCUCGUUGUAUGUGUGUGGAUUUUCGGUGAUUUGAUGAUUUGAUGAGUUUGUACGAGGUCGGGGUUAUGUAUGUGGAUGAUGUGUUGUGUAAUGGUGGUGGUAGGUAGGAAACACGGGGAGUUAGAGGGGUAGAGGAGAUUCAACCCUUCUCUUCUUUGAAUUAGUUGCAAAUGUCCGUCACAAGCACUGUGUGGUGAGGAUAGGGCACUGUGUGGUGAGG